AUGAGGCGGCUCAUCCUCACCGGGGCCUGCUACCUCGACACGAUCAUCAGCGUCCCCUACUACCCGACAGAGGACACGAAGCUGCGGGCAGCCAGCGUCCAGGUCCGCCGCGGUGGCAACUGUCCGAACACGCUCGAGGUGCUGCAGCAGCUGGUGGGGGCAGAACCAGACGAGGCGGUGUCUGGCAGCAGCAGCGGCCGCGACGUCAGGGCCUACCUGGUCUCGUGUCUGCCGGCGGCCGACGCGGCGGCCACGCAGACGAUCCUCGCGUCGUUGGGAGGACCAUCGAGUCCCUUUCUGUGUUUUGACCACUGCCUCUACCGCGACGGCUUCCAGGCGCCGGCUAGCUGCUACAUCCUGCGGUCGGCAGCCACGGGCUCGCGCACGAGCGUCAACGACAACCGGCUGCCCGAGAUGACGGCCGACGAGUUCGCCGGCGUGGUGGCGGCCGUCGGCGCGUCGUCGGAUCCCGCAUGGUGGCACUUUGAGGGCCGCAUCGCCGACGUCACGCUGGCUUGCAUCGGCCACGUCCACCAGGCACGCCAGGCCGACGUCGUCGUCAGCGUCGAGAUCGAGAACCCGGACCGGCAAGGAUUGCGGGCGCUGGCCGCCGAAGCUGACGUCGUGUUCUACUCUAAGCUGUGGGCGCAGGGUCAAGGUUACGCAGAUGCCGAGGCUUGUCUUCGUGGCGAGGCGGCAUCGCUGCGUCAGGCCUCCGUCGGUGCUGGUGAUACGUUUGUGGCCGGCAUCCUCUACAGGCUGGUCUGCCAUCGAGAGGAGGCCGCAUCAGAGGCAGCAGGCGACGGGCUGCAGCCAGCAACGACUUGGAACCUGGAUGACGCCAGCGUGCAGGAGGCGCUCGCCUUCGCCGUUGACCUAGCCACGCGCAAGGUCCAGAUGGACGGUUUCCGCGGCCUGGUGGCCCAGACGAGUUGA